UUCACAAGGUUUUUCAUUCUUCUGAUUUUUCAAAGCCGCAGAACCUUUCAUAACAGUAUGACAAGUUUCAACCGUGAUUCUCUUUCAUCACAAUCUGUUCCCAGUUCAACAAAGCUUCAAGCCAUUAUAUCAGGAAAAGAAGUAACAGACUCAAAAGACAAAAACCUAGUACCAACACAAACUUUGUUACCUAUGAAAAAGAACAGUGGUAACGAGGUUGUUAAGAAGAAAAGGGAAACAAAGAGUUUAUCAGAACUUGAAUUGGAGGAAUUAAAAGGGUUCAUGGAUUUGGGUUUUGUUUUCUCAGAGGAAGAUAAAAAUUCAAACUUGGUUUCAAUUAUUCCUGGGUUAAGAAGACUUGGGGAGAAAGAUGAAGAACAAAAAGAAGAAGAUGUUUGUGAUGAGUCUGUGAUUCAAAGACCUUAUCUCUCUGAAGCUUGGGAAGUUGAUGAGAGAGAAAAAGUGAACUCUUUGAUGAAUUGGAAAGUCCCUGCUAUGAAGAAUGAAGUUGAUAUAAAAAAGAGUCUCAGAUUGUGGGCACACAAUGUUGCUUCUAUUGUUAGAUUAGAAUUGAGAUGAUGCAGUUGACACAUAGUUCAUGAAUUAUUUUAGUUUUAGGAUAAAUAUCAUACAAAUAGUUUGGUUUUUUUGUUUUAGGUUCAUGAUAAUGCAGCAUUUUUUCUUGGGUAUUUAGUUGUCAAUCUUUUUCUGAAAUUUGGAAUUUCAUUGUUAUUUAAAAUUUUAACAGAAAGAAAUGAAAUUUAAUUCAGCAACUGAGAUCUAUUAAUGGGAUGUUUACGGAA